AUGCGGUGUAAGAAGGCCUUUGUCUCUGUGUGCGUGUUUUCUGUCUGCUUUUUGAUUCUCAGCGCAGCAACUUACUUGAACAAGACAUGGGAUCGUAUGAUCGACGAUGUUCUGCGGGUAAAAAUGACGAUCACGCCCGAAAAUAAUGAGAUCCUGGACUUUUGGGCGGAUCCACCGAUGCAUUCGACUUUUGAUAUUUAUGUCUGGAAUGUGACAAAUUCAAAAGAAGUUUUGAGUAACGGAAGCAAGCCGAUUUUGGAAGAAAUCGGGCCGAUCCGCUACCAAAACGUCGUCGCCAGAACAAAUGUCAGUUUCACAAGCGACCAGAGCGUCAUCUACCAAAACUCGUUAGCAUUUAUUCUCGACGAAACCUCCCCUGUCCCCGAAAACUCAACAAUUGUGACUCUCAACGUGCCUUAUGUAAUCAUUAUGAAGCAAUUGGACAUUCUGCCUAAGUUCGUUCGCGGCCUUAUAAUUUCCCUGAUGAAGGGAAAUAAAUACGAUGUGUUUAUGAAGAGGACGGCUGGGGAAAUCAUUUGGGGAUACGAAGAUCCAAUUCUGGAGAAACUUCACAGUCUAGUUCCAUCUUUGUGCCCAAAGCCUGGUUUUGGCUGGUUCAUGGACAUGAACAACUCUUAUUCCUUCCCAUUUGAUGUCGAAACAGGCGAAAGAGGGAUGAAAAACUGGACCUACAUAAAAUCAUGGAAAGGGAUGGAGAAGCUGGACAUUUGGGAAAGCGCGCCUGCGAAUUCCAUCAUAGGAACUGACGGAUUCGCUGUGCCUCCUUCCGUUGAAAAAGGUCAAGAACUAAACGUAUUCUUUGACGCUACUUGUCGAUCAUUCAAGCUUAAAUUCGUGGAGCACGCGACUUCUCGAACAUGGAUCUUCAAAUCCGAUCCAGAUACUUGGAAGUCAGUCUACGAUGUUCCAGAGAAUCAAGGCUACUGCGUCGAUGGCAAGUGCUCAAAACACGGAAUCAUCAAUAUGGAGAAAUGCACUGAAGUCGUUCAAGGAGUCAGCGCGCCCAUUUUCGCCUCGCAGCCGCAUUUUCUUGCUGGCGAUCCUAGUUUAGUCGCUGAUUUUCAAGGAGUUCAGCCGAAGGAGACGCUCCACGAGUUCUAUUUUCUCGAAGUUGACCCUCUGACCGGAUUCAUGCCGAAUGUCAAGCGAAGAAUGCAGCUAAAUGUCGGUUUUGACCGAAAAGUAUUGAGCAAGAAACUCAAGCUGAACCAAAGCGAUGAUCAAAUCAUCUUUCCCACAGUUUGGUUCGAGCAAUCAGUGGUGCCAAAGAAAUUCUUCGAAAAACAGAUGAUCACGAGUCGGAACCUGAUCAUCUUCACACUCAACCUCUCCACUACCCUCUUCAUAAUCUCCGUCGUUGGGCUCCUCUUUUCCGCCCCUCUUAUGACCAGUUCUUCUGCAAAAGUGACCGCUUCCGACAAUCACGAGUACCAACAAGUUUCCGAAAAUUCCUCCCAAGAAACUCUUCAAGAAAACUGA